UCACAUUUGUACCCGGAGGUCGGGAAAACGUCGAAACCCUUUCGUCUUCUCAAAAACUUCCCGAUGAAUUUUGUCGUAUGAUCUAUCACAUUUUUUCGGGAGGACGAUGGUGUUCCGGGUAAGCCCAUGAGUUGAGUUUUCGAUUGGUUCUCCGUUUUUUCGAACACAGAGAACGAAGCCUCUGGAUUGGUAAUGGCGAUUGUUCGAUAUCGGCGGUGGAAAAGUCUCUUGUGAGAAAACCGGAGUUGGGUUUGUGGAUAGUUUCCCGGAGAUGGCGACUCCGUCGUCGGAGGGGUCGGCUCCGAGGAGGACAUUGAGGAGGAAAGCAAGCGGGAAGAACUACGACGAGAAUUUGAUGGAUGAACUCAUAGAGAAGCAUUUAGGCGGCAGCUUGAAGAAAAAGUUUAGGACAAGGCAAGAACUGGAGAAAGAGACAGAGACCGAGGCCAUGAUUGCUUUGUCGGUAGGUUUCCCAAUCGACGAGCUCCUCGAGGACGAGAUUCGUGCUGGGGUGGUGAGGGAAUUGGGCGGGAAAGAGCAGAACGAUUACAUUGUUGUACGGAACCACAUCCUCGCCAGAUGGAGGAGUAAUGUCCGGAUAUGGCUACGAAAGGAACAGAUUAGAGAAACCGUGAGUAGUGAGUGUGAGCAUUUGAUUUCGGCUGCUUAUGAAUUUUUGCUGUUCAAUGGAUACAUUAAUUUCGGUGUUUCGCCAUUGUUUGCUCCCCAUAUGCCUGAAGAGGCUACAGAAGGGUCGGUCAUUGUUGUAGGAGCUGGACUUGCUGGCUUGGCUGCAGCAAGACAGCUCUUGUCGUUUGGGUUUAAGGUUCUUGUCUUAGAGGCAAGGAAUCGUCCCGGUGGAAGAGUAUAUACCCAAAAGAUGGGAGAUAAGGGUAGAUUUGCUGCUGUUGAACUUGGAGGAAGUGUGAUUACAGGUCUCCAUGCCAACCCUCUUGGAGUUCUAGCUAGGCAGCUUUCGAUUCCUCUUCACAAGGUUAGGGACAAAUGCCCUUUGUAUAAUUCAGACGGAACAGUCGUUGACUCGAAAGCUGACUCCCAUGUCGAGUUUGUCUUUAAUAAGCUGCUCGAUAAGGUCACUGAAGUGAGGGAGAUGAUGGGUGAAUCAGCUAACCAGAUCUCUCUGGGCGAAGUUUUGGAGACACUCAGGCAGUUGUAUGCUGUUGCUAGAGGUGCCGAUGAAAGGAAGCUUCUUGAUUGGCAUCUUGCUAAUUUGGAAUACGCUAAUGCCGGGUGUCUUUCGAAUCUCUCUGCUGCUUAUUGGGACCAGGAUGAUCCAUAUGAAAUGAGUGGGGAUCAUUGCUUUCUUGCUGGUGGAAACUGGAGACUGAUAAAGGCUUUAGCCGAAGGAAUACCGAUAAUCUAUGGGGAGAGAGUAGAUGCCAUUAGAUAUGGAGGUGGAGGAGUGGAAGUGAUAUCCGGUGCCCGAGUAUUUCAAGCAGACAUGAUUAUUUGCACGGUUCCUCUCGGGGUUUUGAAGAGGAAAGCCAUCAAGUUUCAGCCAGAGUUACCUCUACGAAAACAAGAAGCAAUUGAAAGAUUGGGAUUUGGUCUCCUGAACAAAGUUGCCAUGCUUUUUCCGUAUGUCUUUUGGGGGGAGGAUUUGGAUACAUUCGGGUGCCUCGGUCAAAGUAGCAUUGACCGAGGAGAAUUCUUCCUAUUCUAUGCCUACCAUACCGUCUCUGGCGGCCCAGUGUUGGUUGCUUUGGUAUCUGGAGAAUCUGCUCAAAGAUUCGAGUCCACAGAGCCAUCCAUGUUACUCCAUCGAGUUUUGAACAAACUUAGAGGGAUUUACGGUCCAAAAGGUGAAAACGUGCCUGAUCCCAUACAAUCGAUAUGCACAAGAUGGGGUGAUGACCCGUUUUCCUAUGGCUCAUAUUCCCAUGUAAGGGUCGGUUCAUCGGGCAGGGACUAUGACAUUCUUGCUGAAAGUGUAAGUAACCGAUUAUUCUUUGCUGGGGAGGCCACAACAAGGCAAUAUCCAGCCACUAUGCACGGUGCCUACCUAAGCGGUUUAAGGGAAGCAUCGCGUAUUCGACAAGUUGUCGAUAUUUUCCGUAGUAACUCUCGGAAACAUAUACCGAGAAACAUUGGAUCUAACGGGGAGAUUCUUGAAGAUCUGUUCAAGAGACCGGACAUUGCAUUUGGGAAAUUCUCGUUUGUGUUCAACCCUUUACUGGAAAACCCGAAAUCCAUCGGGUUAGGGAGAGUAACUUUCGAUAGCUUUGAAGAACAUAUAGAGAAUCCUCCUCUCCGGCUUUACACUAUGCUUUCGCGAGAGCAAGCACACGAGCUUCGAGAGACGAGUCUGAGAAACGAGAGCGCGUUGGAAUUUCUGGUUAAUAAUCUCGGAUUGAAGCUGAUGGGUCUGAAUGCAAUACUAGAAGAAGGGGGUUCAUUGAUUGGUAGCAUAGCUAACGGAAGAAGAGGGAGAGGCAGGGGAACCAUGUCGGAAUCAGAUCAUGCAAUUGUCAGCUUGGCUUCAUUUCUGAAGAUGCUUCACCGAUCAAUAGAAAACUAGUGUUUCUUGUCAGACGUAUUUAUCCCUAAUAUUUAUGAAGAGAACUAACGUUUAGAAAGGCAACAAUUCUUUGGCAA